AUGACGGACCACGAUGAUGAAAUCCAAAGACUCCGGCGUGAGUUGAAGGAGACGAAAGAACGAGAAACGGCAGCAAUAGAACGAGAAACGGCAGCAAGAGAACGAGAAACGGCAGCAAGAGAACGAGAAACGGCAGCAAGAGAACAAGAAAGGGCAGCAAGAGAACGUGAAGAAUUGGCAAGGGCACGAGAGGAGAAUCUUAGACGCGAUCAACAAGACACCUCAUAUGACGAGUACCUGCAACUCUGCCACGAAGACCUCUUCACGACCCUCAAGGUGCAGGACAAGUCGAAGCCGUCCGGCGGCGGCACAACAGAUGUAACGGGUAAACGCUAUCCUUUAUGGUUGCGACCUUGGGAUGGAUUUCUCGACGAGCAGAAAUCGUGCCACUGCAUCAUCAAGGAAAUACUCGAAGGCUCCCUCCUGCCCUCACGACUAGCUGUCCGCGCGAUAGCGCAAGCUGCACACAAAAGGCCCGUGGCCAGUGAGGACGACCUCAGGACUUUUGAGCAUCUAGCUGUAGAAGAUCCUGUGGAGAACGUUUUUGCCGCGCUUGGUUCUCGAUCCCAAAACCACCCGAUCGGACGCGAACUCGAUUGCAAAGCGAUCACAUUCGAGAACCACCCUCUUAGCCUGACGGAGACCGACGAGAUUGAUCGCAACGAUGACGAGGUAUUCUUCGAGACUGUACAAGGGCAACCCGGGUCAAAGAAAAGAGUGGCACGGCAACGCAGAGCCUCAAGAAGAAAUGGGCCAGAUAGAUGGUGUAUUCGAUCCAGGAAUUCGGGGGAAAAGAAUACCGCAUUUCCCAGCGAGUACAAAGCAGCACAUAAAAUCCCGGUCGAAAGUUUUCAGAAGGCCAUGCAUAGAGAGGACCUAUUUAUCCGCGCCAUCUCAAGAAUUUCCAGCGGGAAAGCUAGCAUGGACGGGGAGAGUCAUCUACAAGAACAGAUAGAGGAAACGGUUGCCAAAGCAUUGGCACAGACAUUCCACUACAUGAUUCGGCUCGGCAGUAGCUAUGGAUACCUUACCGCUGGAAAGUCGUUGAUCUUCCUGCACAUUGGAGACGAUCCCACAGUGCUGUAUUACCACAUGGCCCAGCCAGAAAAUGACGCCGAUCGUGAGGACGGAACGGUCGAUCCCUUCUACACCGCCGUUGCACAACUCGCCGCAUUUUGCUUACAGACCUGCCGGUGCUCUGGGAAGUCUAAUCAGUGGAGAGAGGCGGCAAUCUCAUUGCUCAACGAAUGGCCAGAGCCAUAUGCUGAGAUGUGCGGUGGAACAACGGAGGAGGAAGCAUCGCCAGAGUCAACACGCUCUGUCUCGUCGUAUGCUGGGUCUAUAGUUGCUGCUCAGAAACUCACAGUAGAGCUGCGACAAACGACAAGGGCAUCAUGCAAGAACUCUGAACCCUUGCCGAAGAUUGAUGCCAGCGAUACCAGUAGUGGCGAUGACGAGCCUCUGGUUGACGAAAGUGGACGGACUCAAGGUGCGCGGCCAUCACUACAAGUGUCAGCCCGUGGCUCGAAAAAGCGAAAAGACAUGACACCGGGAAACGACGGGUCUACAGGCAGCGGAGCGUCGGAACUCGAGGCUCGACCGUAUUGCACGCAAAGCUGUCUGCUGGGCCUCAAAAGAGAUGGGCUUCUCGAUGAGAAAUGUCCGAAUGUGGCUCUGCAUCGCCGUGCCAAAAGCGGCCUGUCGCAUCCCAUCAGUGCUACUCGUCUCAGGGAACUAUUAUGCAAGAAACUAGCUCGCCCCGUCUACCGCCUUCGCUAUUUGAAACCCCUGGACAGCGAUGGCAAAUACGGUGAUACAGGGGCACUUUUCAAGCUGACACUGGGAUGUUACGGGAUAUACAUUGUUGGGAAAGGAACAUUCGCCGCGGCUGUCACAAGGUUGCAACACGAAGCGAAUGUCUACUCGCGUCUAGAACCACUGCAGGGCCACUUUGUCCCCGUUUGCUUGGGCAGCAUCGAUUUGGAGACGCCCUACCCGUUGGUAUUGGCUGACAUCGUUCACAUGUUGCUGAUGUCAUGGGUAGGAGAUACGAUUGUGACGAACGACAGUAUCCUAGAAGAGGAGACGCGGUUACGGAGCUGGUUCGCAAGCAAGGCGUUGUACACAACGACAUGCGCAGGCGAACCUCCUCUGGAACGACGAGCAUGA